AUGUCGAUGGAUCUGGAUGCUCCGGUCCCCAUGUCGGCCUUGCAGGAUGCCCCUGUAGCUGCGACUAUUCUUUGCUGCAACUGUGGUGCCCCGAUCGAUGGAACAACGUCUGCUGGUGCGCUUUGCCAGGAUUGUCUGAGAUUAAAUGUCGACGUUUCUCAAGGUAUCCAGCGCGAAGCCACUCUCCACUGUUGUAGAGACUGCGAACGGUGGUUACAGCCUCCCAACAGCUGGGUCGUUGCAUCUCCCGAGUCGAAAGAACUUCUUGCAGUCUGCCUUCGUCGUCUUCGAGGCUUAUCGAAAGUCCGUAUCAUCGACGCCAGUUUCAUCUGGACCGAACCUCACUCCCGCCGAGUCAAAGUCAAAAUCACGAUCCAACAAGAAGCCUUCCAAGGCACAAUCAUCCAACAGACAUUUGAGGUAGAAUAUGUCGUUGCCUCGCAGCAAUGUGACGACUGCAAGAAAUCAUACACGCAUAACACAUGGCGAGCAGCAGUCCAAGUUCGACAGAAGGUGCCUCAUAAACGUACUUUCCUCUACCUCGAGCAACUGAUCCUUAAAAACGGCGCUCACAAGGAUACCGUGAAUAUCAAAGAGGCACCCAAUGGACUCGACUUUUAUUUCGCAGCGCGCAAUCACGCCGAGAAAAUGGUUGACUUCCUUGCUUCCGUUGUCCCAUGCAAGGCCAAGAAAUCACAGGAACUUAUCUCCAUGGAUAUUCACACCAGCACAAAAUCGUUCAAAUUUACAUUCUCCGUCGAAAUAAUUCCUAUUUGCAAGGAUGAUCUCGUUGCGCUCCCUAUCAAGCUUGCCCGCCAAUCUGGAAAUAUCUCGCCACUUGUUCUUUGUCAUCGCGUAGGGAACGCGAUCAACGUUUUGGACCCGAGUACCCUCCAAACAACCGAUGUCCCAACAGACACAUAUUGGCGAAACCCAUUCAAGAAUUUAGCCGACGUGUCCGAGCUGAGAGAGUUCAUUGUCAUGGAUAUUGAGCCCACUGGUGUCUCCCAUGGGAAAUUCAACCUAGCUGAAGUCACCGUCGCUCGUGCUUCUGAUCUAGGUUCUAACGAUAUCACCUACUUCACGCGCACGCAUCUUGGCGGUAUUCUCCACGUCGGUGACUCUGUUCUAGGUUAUCAUCUGAGUGGCACCAUGUACAACGACGAUAACUACGAAGCGAUAGAGGCAAGCUCUCAGUAUAGUUCGACCAUCCCGGACGUUAUACUAGUUAAGAAAUUCUACGCUCGGAAGAGAAAGCCCAAGAACCGCGCCUGGCGCCUGCGCCGUAUGGCUCGCGAACAUGAGGACGAGGCUCUUGCUGGUGCUGUUCAACAGAAGAGUCGCAAGCAGGAGCAGGAGGCAAAUCGCGUGGAAGAAGAUUUCGAGGCGUUCUUGCGUGACAUUGAAGAAGAUCAAGAACUACGACAUACUCUGGAUCUUUACAAGUCCCGGAAACAAGCUCAGGCAACUGAUGCUAUGGAUGAAGAGGAGGACAAUGAAAGUGAAGAUGAAACACCUCAAAUCAACAUGGAAGAGCUGUUGGAUGACUUUGAUGAGUUGAACAUGGGUGGCGAAUGA